AUGUUUACAGCCUUGAAGGCCCUAGAAACGCAGCGAAACUUUGAAUUUUCCGGUAGAAACUUAAAUGGCAAAGAGAUGUGGAAAACAGUGUUUGCUGCUAUUCUGAUGAUUACGCUGACAUUGCAAAUAGCUUAUGCAUACUCAAGAUUUGGACAUGAUAAUAGCCGCGAGAGCGUGGUUUCCAGUCACGGUCCGGAUGGUAUCAAUGACAAAAUACUCACCGGUUCAAAUAUUCAUUAUUAUGGCAGGUUUAGAAGCGGGCAAGAUGAUGUUCUCAACCGAUACUUUCAACGUUUUGUGUAG